GUAAAUUUCAACUGCGCUGGCAAGUUCUACCGGAGACGUAUAUUAAGUAUUAACAAAUCCAGAUAGCCUCUUACAAAUAUACACACACAAAAUUUGUAUGUAUCACAUAUAUGUGAAAAAUGGGAAAUGAUUCUGUUUCUCUACUGACCCAACAAUUUAGUACCCACUUCAAGAUUCUUGUUCACCGCUUUAAUCGUAGAUGUUCUCGCAUAAUCUCUAUACUUCUUGCUCACAAGACUUCUGGAUCGCUUGGAGCUUUGGUUGGUUUUGUCGUUGCAUUUCUGUUUGCUUGGAAAUUUUCAAGAUCAUCUAUAAGAUCAUGGAAACGGCGGAAAAAUAUAAGUUCUGCAUCCACCAGUGAAGCUACUCUUACUUUGAGUGACAAGGAAAUUAAAUUCGGUGAUGGAUUAUGUACUACAGAAAAGGCACCUUUAGCGCAAAUGGUUAGCAAGAAGUUGUGUGGGGGCAGAAAGAUGACUUGCCAGUUACUUGGUGUGGUUCUUGAGGAAAGUACGCCUGAAGAAUUGAAGGAGCAUGUAACUGUAAGAUCAUCGGCAGUUGAAGUGCUGCUUGAAAUUGGCAAGGUUUGCGAUAUUUAUUUGAUGGAGAUGAUUCUUGAUGACGACAGCGAGGAAAAAGUACUAUCGGCUUUGGAAAAGUCUGGUCUGCUUGGACCUGGAGGUUUAAUGAAAGAGAAGGUCUUAUUUUGUAGCACUGGGAAUGGCAGAUUAUCUUUUGUUCGGCAACUAGAGCCAGAUUGGCAUAUAGAUAAAGACCCUGAUAUUCUUUCUUCACUCUCUAGAUUUGUUAAAAAUGUCCUACUCGUUGCACCCACAGGAUCUAGUUAUACUUCAAGGUCCCCUAUUUUGACUUCAAUAAGUUUGGAAUCUUACUUCACAAAUAAUGGUGUAUAGAUUACCAUAGGAUUGAUUACGUGUCUGUCUAGCUUAAAAGUUCUAGAACAAAACGUGUCACUAUCUGAUAGUACAUUGUUACUUGUGGAGGUCAAUUUGCAGACAUGGUUACUUUAAUUUUCUGCAAUCUGGAACCGAUGCAAGUUUAUUGUCAUUGUUGUAAUCUGUGUCAGCAAAAUUUUUUGGCAACCCUUGCCAUUUAAUAAUGUAUCUAUAUUCUGUGAA